UCGAACCCGUUGUUGAUUGGCUGGUGUUGGUCGGUUCCUCGGCAAAAGGCAGCCCCAACUGGAGACCCAUGAUCAUUACGUCGUUUGGAUUGGUUUGAGGCACACCUCGGUUCGUCGCUCAUAUGCCUUUGGCCACUGCAGCAGAGAUUUGUACAAGUGCCAAUCAGCCGGAAUCGGAAUCAGUGAUCUGGAGCAGGAAUUGGUGAUCGCCGCAUCAGUAACGAAGUAACAAAACAAAACAAAAACAACGAAAUGAAACCCUUCGGAAGUCGGAGUAACCUAGCGGUGGUGGUGACAUUAGUGUUCUGCAUCGGAGCCACCUUGGCCGCACCCAGUGUCCGAGUGAAACGGGACGAGGAGACACUGGCCGUUGCUGAGUCCGGUGCAAACCCCAUUGCAUCCGAGGACCUCUCCCUCAGCAACGAUCUCGAUAGGGACAAGCGAAAGGUGCCAUCCGACCCGAAGUGGGAAGCCAAGAACGCCAUCUUAGGAUUUGUUUUCGGAAAAAUCAACUCGCUGAUCGACGCCAAAACGAGAUUCGUGGACAAACUGGACCAGGCCAACAUCGAGAAGAACAAGCAGUACCACAUCGAAUCACCGAAACCGAUCACCAGCUUCCAGACCCUUGUGUCCUCGGUCAUCACGCCCAAGGUUCAGUUCAUUACCGGUAAGAUUGGAUCGCUCAGUGGCAGCCUACUGGGGGGAUCAUCCGGUGGAAGUUCCGGCGGAAGCGACGAACACGGAAACGGAAGUCCGGCUGCGCCAGGACUGGGUGGGGUUGUUUCCUCGCUGCUGAAACUUUCCGGCCCGAUCCUUUCCGGAUCUUCCGGUGGCGGCAACGGCGGAUCCAAUUCGGUGUCCCUUGGCGAUCACGAUGAUGAUGAUGAGGCGAGCAAACAGGCCAACCAAGCGUUGAAGGAUGCUAUCAACCCAACGCGUCCCCCAGUAACUUCAACGACCGACGAUACGCCCGAUUUCGACCGACAGAAGGUUUCUCUCCAGGUACCGGACGCACUUUUCGGUAGCUCAUUCAGUCUUGUAACCAACAUUUCCACUCGUGUUGGAAACUUAAUUAUGAACACGGCACGGCGCACUGGGGAGUUUCUGUGGGUCCUACAGCCGCUAGUGGGUAACAAUCUGUCGAUUGAGAUCCCAACAACAACAACGACAACCACAACUCCAAGAACUACAACGACGACAACCAGGGCAACAACAACAACAACCACAACGACGACAUCGAAUUCGGUGCAAACCAACGAAAUUAAGUGAUCUCGAACACUAAAUACACCCUACCUAACUCAGAUACGUAUCGAUCAAAACUAUUUAGCACUGCCAAUGAUGAAUGACUUUUGGAAUAAUUUAGAUAAAUAGAAAAGGUGGGAAAAUUUCAUUGGUGCAACGAAUAGAGUUUUGGUUCCAGGUUUUCCGUUCUUUUUUCGGCUUUUACCUAUUUAUUGCCUAGUUUAAGCACGAUUCUAUUGAUCCUGUGA